AUGUCGUCUCUCCUACGAUCAACCAAGUUUGUGCGUUAUUUUGCUGGUGCGGCUAGAACACUUAUUCUUAAUUCGGCAAAAACUGCGGAAGCAAACUCUUUAUUAAACGCAAAAUCACUUAGUGCCGCUAACAGUGUAUUAUUACGAGACUAUGCGACAAAGAAGACAGAAAGUCUAGAGCCAUUACUCCAAAGACUUGAUGCAGAGGUAAAAAGGUUUGGAAGAAUAAGCAAAAGGGAUAUUGAUGAAGUCUUUGAUGAGUUAAGAGGAAAGCAUGACAUAACUAGUUCACAAUCCUUGCUUGUUAUUAGAUGUUGCGGUGAACUGGUGCCAGAGGAAUUACCCGAGCAAAGGACACUAUUAGUUCAAAAAAUAUGGAACGUGUUAAACGAGAGAGGUGUUCCUAUGGAUGUCUCUCACUACAAUGCUUUGUUACGAGUUUAUUUGGAGAACGAGCAUCCCUUCUCACCAGCACAGUUCCUGGAUGAUAUGGAGAGCAAGGGCUUGCAACCUAAUAGAGUUACAUAUCAUCGUCUUAUGUGGCGAUAUUGCCAAGAAGGUGAUGUUGAAGGUGCAACUAAAGUCCUAGAGAAAAUGAGGGAACUGAACAUGCCCAUUUCUGAGCCAGUUUUGAAUGCUCUAGUUAUGGGUCACGCUUUCCAUGGAGACACAGAAGGUGCGAAGGCAGUGUUGGAAACAAUGGCUGGAGCUGGUCUCUUGCCAUCAAACAGAACAUAUACAUUACUCGCCAGUGGUUAUGCGAGGCAGGGUGAUAUAGAUGGCUUGAAUAAGGUCAUUUCUAUGGCUGAAGACAAAGAUGUGAUUUUAUCUGAUAAGGAUUUCUUGGAUAUAAUCGAAAACUUGGCAGUUUCUGGUCAUGAAGACAAAGUUGAACAAAUAUUUCCACACAUUCGCAAGAGUGCAGGUUAUAAUCAGGAUGUCUGCAAUCUGAUCUUUAGGCUUUUAAACAGAGGCUGUGACUCUACAGCUAAAAAUAUUAUGCAGACCAUGGUAACAUCAUCAACUAUUGAUGAAGGUGGUGCUUUCUUCAAAGGUGCCUUCUACAUUAAACAUCUUGUUAAGUUAAACAGACCAGCUGAUUCAGUAAUUGAAUCAUGUAAGGAGCUACAAGCAGAAGGUUUGGUACCAAAAGCAGUGUAUAUCGCCACUGAAGUGGCAUUAGAGCAAGGGCGUACCGAAUUAGCCCAGAAACUAUUCAAAGAACUGCAAAAGGAAGGUUAUGAAAUGCGCGAACAUUAUUACUGGCCACUUCUGGCCAAGAGGGGUAGUGAGGGUGAUGAAGAAGGCUUGCUGCAAAUAGUAAGAACCAUGUCAGCUGAAAAUUUGAUGCCAAGUGGAGAGACACUUCGUGACUAUGUUUUACCAUACUUAAUGAAAGAUAAACCACAAAACAUCAUUACUAAACUUCAAACAGCAAAUGUAACAGCAAUUCACACUGUACGGAAUCUAAUAGUAGAACUUCUGCGAAAGAAUCGAAUGCAAGAGGCGGCCGAAGUAGCUCUGCAGUUCAGACCUAGAGGGGGUUUUUCAAUCAUCGCGCCAAACCUAAUAACUGCUUUAAGCAACACCAAAGAUAUUGAGUCAUUUGUGAAAGUCUUACACGUGAUUAGCAAUCAGGCAGUAUUACAAGAAGAGGAUUCAAAUUCUGAUGAGGCUCAGGAACGCAGUGUUGCCAGUGACUUGGGCCGAACAGUUAAAAGAGCAGUAAACAUAAUGCACAAGUCCAAUCAGGCAGAAGAACUACUUCAAGCAGUGCUCAACAGAGGGCUUCGUAUAGACACCGCAUCAGCUGAAGAGAUUCAACAGUAUCUAGGCGACAGUAUGACUAUAAAUAUCUCGAAAUUGCUAUCGAAUCUGACGUCAUCUGACCUCGAGUCUGUACCAUUAGAAGCAUCCAAAUUUGUUAACGACAGAAAGCCGAUGAAUUCCAAACAAUUGGAAAAUAUUUUAGCCAAUUCAAACAAGGCAGGAUACACUGUCAAGUUGCAAAAGCAAUUGUUGUCAGCCUAUAUGGAUGAGAACAAUGUUGAGAAAAUGGAGAGUUUCGCUGAGGAAUUAAAGAAAACAAACUUCGAAAUCACAAUACCGACGCUGAUGAGAAUGUAUGUUGUGUAUUUGGAAAAUGGUAUGAUUGAUAAAGCAAAUAAGAUUCGAGAGGAUAUAAAACAGAAGAAUCCAGAAUUUGAAUUGAAUAGAUAUAAAAAGGUGGUGAUGGCCCACGCGUUGAUAAAGAACAAGAAGUUUGAUGAAGCUAUACAAUACCUGAAGGAUAAUAAGCCCAGUGAUGAUUACGAUUCGUACUUCCCAUUGAACACGAGAUGUUGGCAAAUGCUCAAUACAUUGGCUGAGGAGAAAGAUGCAGCUAAGGUUAAAGAACUGGCUGAAACCCUAAUCAACAACAACUACAUAACUCCAACGAAUGUGUUAUUAGGACCCUUGAUAAAAGUGCACAUCUUGAAGGACGAUUUGGAAGCAGCGCUGAAGGAGUUUGAAUACUGUUGCAACCAAUACAGAAGCACGCCGUGGAAGGGAGAAUUGACGAAGACGCUCAUUUUGAAGGAGGACGCUAAUAAACUACAGUGGCUUGCUGAUCUGAGUACCCAGAUUCACGGUGAAAUUAAUAUCCUCCACGAUUUAGUGUUAGCGUUUGUGGAGUGCGGUCGACUGCGACAGGCCCGCCGCAUCUUGGAGACACCCGGACUCGUCUCGAGACAGCGUCGCCUCAACGACGCUUGUGAGAGAUAUGUAGAGGAAGGAAAAUCUGAGUAUUUAGAAGGACUCCUCGAAGCAACUAAAGACUUGUCAAUCGUAGACCGUUCCAACAUAUUCUACCACUUACUAGUGACGUAUUGCAAAGCUAACGAGACGGACAAAGCUUUGGGUCUCUGGACAGUACUUCAGGAGGAGGGUGAAGUACCCACAGACGAGUUCCUGGUGCAACUAGGAAACCACUUGAAGUCUAAAAACCGGGAGGUGCCCUUCGUCAUUCCCCAGCGAACUCAGAAAGUAAAAGAAGAAUCUAUAAUCGAAAAAGUAGUGGCUCCAAAACAACCGAUUCAACCGUCGAAACAGGGCAUCUCUAACCAAAUUGAGGCACUAAUAAAAGGUGGCUUACUAGCUCAAGCUUUGGACUUCACGAUCAAGUCUGUCGAUGAUGGCGUGGUACCCAAAAGGAAUGUACUGAAAUUCCUGCUCAAAAACUUCGCCGCGGAAGGCAACGUGGAGAAUAUACAGAAACUGGGCAAAUAUUUCAAUGACGAAAUGCGCAAAGCCACUACGUUUGACGAUAAACUGACACUGGCCAUAUUUAACAGGGGGUCGGGUGAACAGCACGUGAAUAAUCUACUUAUGACUGUGGAAUCCAUGAAGACACCAGAAGAAUUGAAUUCGGUUUUAACUAAGUUCCCGAGAAGUGCGGCUUUAGCGAAGGCUGUGAAUGACGACAAUUUGAGAGAAAAAUGCCACAAAAUAGCAGAUAUAGCCGCGUCCAAAGGCAUCCUUUUACCAGCAAAUCUUCUAUGGAUGGAGUGCCUUCUCGCUGGAAACACCAAAGAAGCCGAUUUGUUAUGGGAAAAGCAUAUGAAGAAAGCAGAGGUCGUCGUCUUCAGAAGACUCUUACAAGAGAGCCAUUUACAAAAGAAACCAGAGUUAAUAGAGAAAUUGAUAAAACUCCUAAAGACUAACCCAAAUAUGAGCCCCACUACUUUAGGCAACGCGUAUUCUAGGCUAAUUAACUCACACGUGAUCGAAAAUCGGUUAGAUCAAGCAAAGGCCGUGUUAGAUGAAGCAUACAAACAUGGUUUGACGAACGAACAUUUCAAUAACACAAGCCUUAAGAGGUUGAAGGCGGCAUUUGAAGAAACGGGAAGGAGUUUUGAGUAUUCCGUGUAA